AUGGAGGUGGAUAUGCAGGAUAGUGGCACAGAAUUCGACAGGCAACUAUUCCAUCUAGUUGUCAUUAAAGUAAGGCACAUUGUACAAAAAUCAUUCAAAAAAACGAUUGUUGAUCCUAGGACCCGAUUGCCGGCGCGGACAGCACAUUCAUAAUUCCGAAGCGCUACAUCAACCUCAGUUUUUUGAACGCCGGCGCCCAGGGUACUGUAGUGUUAGUUUUGAAGUGCUAAUCACAAAGUAUAGAGAAUUGCCAUUUUCAGAAUGGCCGACGAUCAAGUGACCGGCGAGCGGGUGGCCAUCAAGAAGAUGCAGCAGCCUUUUGUGAUGACGAUGAGCGCUAAAAGAGCCUAUCGAGAAUUCAUUCUGCUCACCACCAUUCAGCAUCCCAAUGUGAGUCUAUCUUCCAAAUUCCAAAUUCAAAAAAAAAGAAGCUUUUAUUGAAACCCAGAAAAAGUGCAGUAGAGCGUGAGUGCUUCAGUUUGAAAACGUUUUUUUUUUCAGAUCAUCCGUCUGCUGAAUGCUUUCUCGCCCGACAAAACGAUCGACACUUUCCAGGAAGUGUAUUUGGUGAUGGAAUUGAUGACGCACAACUUGCACGAAGUCAUCCACCGAUUAAAGUCGGCCCUUCCUUUCGAUCUCUCCCAUUUUGACACUCCUCAAAUUCCAGGUUGGACCACAAAACGCUCUCCUUCUUCGUCUAUCAACUGCUCUGCGCCAUCAAGCAUUUGCACAAUUCUGGAGUCAUUCAUCGAGUUUGUAUCAUUUUUCCGAGCCCUACUGAUGUAGUGCAUUUGUAUUGCAGGACUUGAAACCAUCGAAUAUCGUGGUGAAUGACAGAUGCGUUCUGAAAGUGUUGGAUUUCGGACUCGCGAGGAAAAAGAACGUGGACACUUCGAUGCGAAUGUCGGAUUACGUCGUCACGCGGUACUACAGAGCUCCAGAAGUCAUUCUGGGCAUUCCGUACUCUGAAAAAGGUGCGAUUUGCCAAUGUCCUUUGGAAUAUCUUGUUUCUCUUGAUUUUCAGUGGAUAUCUGGUCAGUCGGCUGCAUUUUCGCCGAAAUGAUCAACCAUCAAGUGUUGUUCCCUGGAAAGGAUCGUAUCGAUCAAUGGACGAAGAUCUACAAUAUCUUGGGCACUCCGGACGAGGCGUUCGUUAAUCAGCUCGGACAGUCGGCGGCCAUGUACGUGCGAUCGCUGAGAAGAGCGCCGCCGAAGCCGGUUACAGAGUUCGUGCCCGACUCGAGCUUCCUUGCGGACACUGAGAAUCCACGUGUCAAUCUCACUGGUGAGUUCGGGGAUGGCCUCUGGCAGAAGCUUUCAAGAAAAUGUUCGUUUUACAGCUGCGUGCGCCCGUGAUCUGCUCUCCCGUAUGUUGAUAAUCAACCCGGCGAACCGGUUCUCAGUGGAAGAUGCUCUGAAUCAUCCAUACGUUAGGCUAUGGUUCAAGGUGAGGCUCUUUCUCUCUUUCUUGAAGAAUUUGAAUCAUCGCCUUUGCAGGAGGAAGAAGUGAACGCUCCCGCUUCUGAUAAUCGUUACGACCAGGAAAUCGACUUUGCGGAGAAAUCACUUAUAGAAUGGAAGGAGCUGAUAUUCGCGGAAGUUCAAAGUUAUCAAAGAAACCACGAUAUCUUCAAUGGCUGA